GCGCGCCCCCGGCGGCUCGGCGGCGGAGGGAGGCGACAGCUCAGGCCGCUGCGAGUGACAGGCGGCCGGCGACAGAGCCGGGGCGGGGCGGCGGCGGCCCGCGAGCGAGCGCGCGGGCGGCCUGGCCCCGCCCCCGCCCGCCCUGCCCGGUGACCUUCAGGGCCCGGGCGGCGGCGGCGGCGGCGCGAUGUUCGUGCAGGAGGAGAAGAUCUUCGCGGGCAAAGUGCUGCGGCUGCACAUCUGCGCGCCCGACGGCGCCGAGUGGCUGGAGGAGGCGACCGAGGACACCUCCGUGGAGCAGCUCAAGGAGCGCUGCCUGCAGCAAUGUACUCAUGGGAACCUAGAAGACCCCAAAAGUGUCACCCAUCACAAAUUAAUACACGCUGCUUCAGAGAGGGUGCUGAGCGAUGCCAAGACCAUGUUGGAGGAGAACAUCCAUGACCACGAUGUCCUGUUGCUGGUGAAAAAGCGCGCACCGUCUCCACUCCCCAAGAUGGCCGACGUCUCGGCAGAGGAGAAGAAAAAACAAGACCAGAAAGCCCCAGACAGAGAUGCAAUCGUCCGAGCCACUGCCAGCCUGCCGGCCUGCAACAUGGACCGGGCCGUGGUCCAGACCAGCAUGAGAGAUUUCCAGACGGAGCUCCGGAAGAUCCUGCUGUCCCUCAUCGAGGUGGCACAGAAGCUGUUGGCGCUGAGCCCCGGCGCAGUGGAGCUGUUCGCGAAGGCCAACGCGAUGCUGGACGAGGAUGAGGACGAGCGGGUGGACGAGACGGCACUGCGGCAGCUCACGGAGAUGGGCUUUCCCGAGAGCAGAGCCCUGAAGGCGCUUCGGCUGAGCCACAUGUCGGUGCCUCAAGCCAUGGAGUGGCUGAUCGAGCACGCGGACGACCCGGCCAUAGACACGCCUCUUCCCGGCCAAGCCUCGCCCGGCGUGGCGGGGGCCGAAGCUCCGGCCGAGGCUCCGGCCGAGGCGGCUGCGGGCUCCAGUGAGGAUGACGAGGAGGCCAGAGACGAGCUGACAGAAAUCUUCAAGAAGAUCCGAAGGAAAAGGGGGUUCCGGGCUGACGCUCGGGCCGUCAUUUCCCUGAUGGAGAUGGGGUUCGACGAGAAGGAGGUGAUGGACGCCCUGAGAGUGAACAACAACCAGCAGAGCGCCGCCUGCGAGUGGCUGCUGGGGGACCGGAAGCCCUCCCCUGAGGAGCUGGACAAGGGCAUCGACCCCGACAGCCCCCUCUUUCAGGCCAUCCUGGAUAACCCCGUUGUGCAGCUGGGCCUCACCAACCCGAAAACACUACUAGCAUUUGAAGACAUGCUCGAGAACCCGCUGAACAGCACGCAGUGGAUGAACGACCCCGAGACAGGGCCGGUCAUGCUGCAGAUCUCCAGGAUCUUCCAGACCAUGAACCGCACCUAGGCGGCCUCUGCCCUGUGGCCCCGCGGCUGCUGGGAGGGGGGGUCCCCAAUGGGCCCCUGAUCCUCAGCCAGUUGUGGGGACAGUGUGAAGACCCCCUGGCUCCGCUGGGCCGAGAAGGGGAUGGGCCGGGGCUGGAGGGGACCCUGCACCUAAGCCCGGCCCUGGCUGCCUGCUCCGGUCUUACUGCUUAGACACUGCUGUGCCACAGUGCUGCCCGGCCUCCGACAGUGUUCACAGACGGGCAUGGAGGGCUGCCCGCCCGGCCCCUGGGCUCUUGAAAUGCUACUUGAAUGGACCCGUAGGCGCUGCUUGUAGUCACCUGCUAUUGGGAAGGUGGUGUGUCCCAGUCCAGUGUUAGCAUCACGCACACUCGGUCGGGUAGAGGAUUCACGGAUGACUCUUCCUCCAUGAAUAAAUCUUUCCUGUCCUCUCCGGGAGCGUGGUUCUUACUCGAA